CGAACAACAACGUGACACUCACCAUCCAAACGUAGAUUGCAGAAGCGCUGCUCAUUUUGCUGCCGGACCACGUUGAGAACGGUUGUUACUGUCAAGACUGCUUGCGGGUGCUUUUGUCAUCCAUAUCGCUACCUUCGCCACGUUGCAAGCGAGCGGUGGUCCCUGUUUUGCACUUCCCUCGGUAAGCAGAAUUAUCACCUGGGAAUGUGUCUUGCUGUAUCAGAGUGCCAGUAUUGUCACGCCCUAAAAUCGAAAGGAAUUCUGGGAUACAAUUGGAAACAGGACGCCCCCUAGUCGUCUGGCAGCGCUGCCUUCUUCCACAGUGUCUCCCAUACUCUGCCGAGGCCCUGGUCCAGGAAUGAAGGUAGACCCCUGAAGCUGCUGCGUUUGGCCGGUUCGCUGCGAAGGCGAUAAAGGCCACUGGACGACAACCUUCAGGUCAAGCGGAAGUUUGACUUAACGACGACGAAGACGGCAUCGCCAUGGAGCAAGUCAUGGCUAUUGCAAACCUGUCCGCGUACUCCAAAGACGAGGACACCGACUGCACUAUCGUCAACACCUUCAACGACACUGCUACACGGUGCCUCAUCGUACAGGGCCUAAAUGAUUGUCAGACCGGCCGCGCCGUCUUACCGUACAUCAACCUGCUGUACUGCAACGAAGAAUCAGUCUAUGCGCCGCUGUUUACCCUCCUCGUGUGGCUGGUGGCCCUGUUCGUAGCCCUCGGGUCGACGGCAAGUUCCUACCUAUGCCCAGCGCUUGUUGUCAUCUCACGAUCACUGCAGCUUUCUCAGAGCGUAGCGGGCGUUACAUUCCUGGCAUUCGGCAAUGGAGCGCCAGAUACCAUCGCAACGAUCGCCAGUAUUCGGCUAAACCGUACGGCUCUGGCUAUUGGAGAACUGUUCGGGGGAGGAACCUACGUGGCAACCGUCGUCGUUGGGCUCAUCUUCAUCAACAAUAAGUUUGAUUUAAUUCAGUCAUCCCUUCUACGAGACGUGUUCUUCUAUUUGGGCGCUUCGUACUGGGCAUUCGUGCUGUACUACGGCGGCUCGAUAACGCUGAGUCACGCUGCAUGUUUCAUUGUGCUCUACCUAGUAUACAUUUUCGUCGCCGUAUUCGGUAGUUCAGUGCUGAAGAAGACGUCCGACAUGUGCACAUGCGUACGAAAGCUGGUGGUGCGUUCUGACACAGCGAGCAACAUCAGUACAGAAUCCGAAUACAAGGUUGAAGCCACAGACCGGGUCGAAACGCCACCACUUUACGUUCCGGUGCCAUCUCCGGUGCUUCGACCAAAACUGCGCCGGUCUUCGUCAGGCGUCAGCUUGCAUCACCACCACGAGAACGCUAUUUACCUCUUCACCACAUCGGUGGAAGAAGAACCAUCGAACUGCGCGGAUGAUUUCGUCAAUUCCUUCAGCGCGGAAUACAAGCGGAACGCCUGUUCUGUGAGUAGUCAGGCAUCGUUCCACUUGACAAGAAGCAACUCGUCCGUGUUUCCCGGCGAGAGCACGCCGCUCUUGCACUGUCCUUCCGUCGAGAACUCGGAAGGCGACGCUUCACUCUGCAGAACGGUCCCGAGAUACAGCGAGUGGAUGGAACUGCUCCUUCAGAUUUCUCCCGUAGAGCCGGAGGAAUGGUCUCGUCAGCACUGGCUCUGCAAGGUCUACGACGUCGUGACCUUCCCCAUCUACCUUGUCCUAGUACUCACCAUACCUGUGGUUGACCGCGAGAACCGCCGUAAUAAUUGGUGCCGGCCACUCAAUACCUUGCAGUGUGUUACUAGUCCGCUAGUGAUCGUUUUCUUGUUCGGGGGGUGGCACGUGAAAAUAGCGGAUGUUCUCCCGCUUGCGUGUCUGAUUCUGGUGUUAGGCACGAUACUUGGGAUCGUGGUCUGGUGCACAUCGGUUGCUAUGCGACCGCCGCGGUAUCACGUCGCAUUCGCGUACGCGGGGUUUGCAGUCUCCAUAACCUGGAUCUAUGGCAUCGCCACAGAGAUCGUGUCGCUACUAAAGGCGUUCGGAGUUCUGUACGGUAUAAGCGAUGCACUUCUGGGAAUGACCGUGUUAGCGUGGGGAAAUAAUAUUGGCGACCUGGUAACUAAUUUGUCUCUGGCCAAGCAGGGCUUUCCUCAGAUGGCGAUGUCCGCCUGCUUUGCAGGGCCGGUGCUCGCAAUGCUGUGCGGGAUUGGAGUGGCAUUCACCAUCAAUUUCACGACGCAAGGCGUAUCGGUGGUCGAGCUGCAGUACAGCAAUCUCUUGGCUGUUAUCUACGGAGCUCUCGUAGGCGUUCUAACAGUUUUGCUCAUUUCCACCCUCGUCACGUGGUUCCGGUCGUCUCGCGUGGUCGGCUACAUGUUGCUCACCCUGUACGCUACAUUUUUAUUCAUCACAGCAGCCCUCGAGUUUGGAUUCACCCACAUUGCAUGAAUUAAAUUUUUCUCUUACGAUGCACUAUGACCGUAUUUAUUUGUAAUUGUUCGCUCGUUUUUAUUGCUAGUUGAUUUUAGAUCGUCUUUUACGGGGGUAUAAAGAGUCUGUAAGCAGGCGCCAUUCCUUUAAUACAUUUUAGUGUCCGUUUGAGUACCCCCGGGGUAGCGCGCUCUUUUACGUCGUAUCGGUUUCACUUUGAAAACACGUAAAAUAAAAUAAAAAAUCCCUAAACACUACAGCGACUGUUUGUCGCAGCUGCGUACCGUUCUCGUUUCCAACUCAAGGCUGAUCGCUGCAUAUGCCGUACUACAGUUUUUGCCACUGACUCUGAAAAACGGCUUGCGUCUUUAUUUUGAGCGCGCAGCAUGUCUGCUCAAUCCCAACGCCUGUUGGAAGCACGUUCGGGUGGAACACGUUGACAUGUUUCUGUUGUUUUACUAACGCGUUAUUCUAACUUAUCUUGAACGAAGGUUGUUUCUCCUUCAUUUAGUGCGUUUGACCCUGGCACUUUAAUGUGGAGCAUGCGGACAUGAUUGGAGGUCUUUUAGUGACCCUUUUAUGCUGUGUAUUCUCAUCGUAUAGUUUGCCUGUACCUGUAUUCGCCAUUACAGACUCGGAGAGAUAUGCAUUAAAGUAUAAAUCUUUCGUA